UGCAAAAGAAAGGUCACUACCUCAGUCAGUUAUCUGAUGGUCCAUGAAGACUCCAGACUUGACCAUGGCUCUGUGGACAGCAGCAUCCGUCUUCCUGGCUUUCUUUUUGGGUGUUCAUUGCUGGCAUGAUCUGGACAACACUGAGUACGACUGUUGGCCAAGCAACAAUCCAAAUGAUUACAACAUGAUAAGCUGCGGUGGUCUGGAGAUGGCUUGGGUGCAGCGCCCCCCGGAGAAAGUCACCAACGGGGAGGAAUUCAAUGUUUCGUAUACAGUCGUAGCCUCAGAUUCCUUCUACGACUACGCUGUUAGCAACAAGAUUUUCCAGUUCAGUGAUGCUGCAGAGGCGAAGAGGUUCUGUCAUGAGCAUGAGUGUCCAUCCAACUGGAACAACGCUAAUGAACUCAAUUGUUGCGUGCAUCACGCCAACAUCCACUCGUGUCCUCUGGGUCUCAUGAAACAAGGCGGGAUCUGUGGGCCGUGGAUUCCACAUGAUGGGAAAAUAGUCACUCAUACGGUGUCCAAAGCUGGCAAGAUAAGCCAGAAGUACUGGACGUCAAAGGUGGUGCUGAUCCACGUGGGCGUCACUUCACUUAUAGCUCAUAUCAAAAUAGGACAAAUGCACGCGGCAUUGGAAUCCAAAGUGCUUGUUGUUAGUGCUCAAGUGUGUGGGGAUGAUGUCUGUGAGUUGGAGGAGAACUGUCUCAACUGUCCUGCAGACUGCGGCAUCUGCCCCAUGUCCAUGGCCAUCAAGUUGUCCAUCGGUCUCCCCGUCGCACUUUUUAGCGCCGGAUUUAUCUUAACCAUGGUGUGGCUUCAGUACCAGAAACAGAAGAUGUUUUGGGAUGAAAGCUGGAUCAUUGACUAUAAGAGUAUAAUAUUUGGCAGAGUGUGCGGUACCGACUUUGGCAGCACAGCCAGCCCCCAGCAUGUGAAGAGCACUUCAAAUAUCAGUCAGUUGACUGACAUAACCAUAUGCACCGGCGUCAACACCUUCUUCAAGCAGGGCUUCAUCCAGCCUGGCAUUUAUGAUGGCAGAACAGUUGCAGUUAAACACAUCCAAAAGAAACACUUUGCUCUAUCUAAAGGUAUCAGGAAGGAGGUGAAUGAGGUCAGACAACUGGACCAUCCAAAUCUCUGCAAGUUUAUUGGGGGCUCCAUUGAGGUUCCGUAUGUGAGCAUCAUCACGGAACACUGCCCCAAAGGAAGCCUGUCUGAUGUCCUACUCAAUGAUGAUAUUCCAAUCAACUGGGGCUUUAGACUGUCCUUUGCCACCGACAUUGCCCGUGGGAUGUCCUACCUGCACCAACACAAGAUGUUUCAUGGUAGACUUCACUCCAGAAACUGUGUUAUUGAUGAUCGCUGGGUUUGCAAGAUCUCUGAUUACGGUCUUACACUUUACAGAAAGGAGGACUUUGAUGCAGUCAGUGAUGGGUUCACUUGUGGCGAUGUCAACCGCAUCUACUGUGCUCCAGAGGUUCUUCUGGGAAGUAGCUCGACUAUGACGCCAGUGGCAGACGUCUACAGUUAUGCCAUGAUCCUGGUUGAGAUAGCUACUCGCUCUGACCUUAUUUCAGACCAGGCGGAGGGAACCACGAUGGACAUCAUAUGGCGUCCUCCUCUACCUGAACUCAAAGCAGGGAAAAACGAUGUGGACUGCCCCAGUCAAGAAGACUACUGUGAGCUUAUCAAAAAGUGUUGGUCUCACAACCUCACCACAAGGCCCACGUUUGAGCAAGUCAAGAAGAUGCUCGACAAGAUGAACCCGCAUAAAGUCAGCCCAGUGGACAUGAUGAUGAGCCUGAUGGAGAAGUAUAGCAAACAUCUGGAGGCUAUAGUAGCUGAGAGAACACAGGACCUUCUUCAAGAGAAACAGAAAACUGAUCGUUUGUUAUACAGCAUGUUACCAAAGCCAAUUGCCGAUGACCUUCGCCAAGGCCAAACUGCAGAGGCGCAGAGCUUCUCAAAUGCUACUGUCUACUUCAGUGACAUUGUAGGCUUCACCCAACUGUCGGGGGCAAGCACACCCCAUCAGGUUGUGGACUUCCUCAACCAACUCUACACCACCUUUGAUGACAUCAUUGACAAUUAUGACGUUUACAAAGUGGAGACCAUUGGCGAUGCUUACAUGGUGGUCUCAGGAGUUCCCCAAGAAAAUGGCAUAAAUCACGCUGGGGAGAUAGCCAGCAUGGGCUUGGAUCUGGUCAGUGUUUGCCACACGUUCAAGAUUCCCCACAAGCCCGACACACAGCUGAAGAUACGUGCAGGCAUCCACUCGGGACCUGUCGUAGCUGGUGUGGUUGGAACCAAAAUGCCUCGUUACUGCCUAUUUGGAGACACCGUCAACACAGCAUCGCGGAUGGAAUCAACAAGUGAAGCUUUGAAGAUCCAAGUGAGUGGGGCCACAGCUGACCUGCUUCAUAUGUUGAAAGGAUACAUUCUAACUUGCAGAGGGACACUGAAUGUGAAGGGCAAAGGUGAGAUGAAAACCUGGUGGCUCGAGGCCAAACGAGACAAAUGCGCGGAUCCAUUGCUCGGCGCAUCAGAGUUGACAGGAGGUCCCGCGCCAGUUAGUGACUGAAGCUGGCCAACAUUUCCAAGAUGUGAACCAUGUGCAGUGAUGUUGUGUUGUGCAAUAGCUGUGUCAGAAAUUAUCUACAGACAAUUAUGGUCAUUUAGCAACAUGUUCAUUAUUGUAGACUGAUUGUGAUUUCCUGCACUGCAUCAUACAUUCAUGACGAGAGUAAUAAUAUUGACAUAUGUAUAUAUAGCCUCCUAUUUAUCUGCUGCGUUACUGAACAAGUGUUACCAAUGUUGUAGCAUUGGUCUCGGUUACCAGGCUAGUACACUACUACCACGACAAUAUUUAACACAUUGUUGAAUUAAAAACUCCUGUUACGUCAGGAUUGCAAAAUA